AUGUUACCGCCAAAGAUUUUUAUUACUGGAACGAGCGGCUAUGUAGGAGGAGACGUCCUCUAUGAGCUUCUGAGAGUACAUCCUGAUUGGGAGCACAGUAUCACUUGUCUCGUGCGAACCCCAGCUCAUGAAGCACAAUUCAAAGCAAGAUAUCCAAAACUAAGGCUAUUUUUCGGCACGUUUGAACAACCGGCUAUUAUUGAGGAGGAAGUAGCAAAACAUGAGCUGGUCCUUCAUUUUGCGAUGAGUGCUGACAAUGUGCCAUCCGCAACAGCCAUUGGGGGAGGAGUCUAUAUUCAUACAAGUGGCACUGAUAUUCUUCUGGAUUCGGGACAUGAAAUGCAAUAUACUCCAGGUCGGAUACAUAUUUUCAACGAUUGGGAGGGGAUCUCUGAACUUACAUCUUUACCAGACAAGGCUGUUCAUCGCAAUGUCGACAAAAUUGUCUUAGCAGCUGGCUCUGAUACACUGAAGACUGCUAUUAUUUGUCCUUCAACAGUGUUCGGAGCCGGAAGGGGUCCUGUCUCGCGGAGAACCGAACAGAUGUAUAAUCUUACCAGGCUUAUUCUUGAAACUGGCAAGGGGCUCCUGCUAGCUGAUGGGAGAUCUUUCUGGAAUUGCGUUCAUGUUCACGACCUGUCUCGUCUAUAUAUUCGCCUGAUUGACGAAGCCAUACUAGGAGGAUCCAAAGCUUCAUGGAACUCCGAGGGCUAUUACCUUGUGGAAGGUGGUGAAUAUUUCUGGGGGGACAUCUGUCGCAGAAUCACGAAAGAGGCGUAUAAACUAGGACUGCUGGCAUCAGAAGAGAUGGUGGUGCUUGAUAUGGAGAACAGUACAGUCAUGGCGCCUGCUGGCCGUCCUGUGGUUAACUACACGGUCAAAGCCAAAGCGGUGCGGGCUAGAAAGCUUCUCGGCUGGACACCCACGCAAUCAAAGAUCGAGGAUGAGAUCCCGGAAAUUGUGAAAGAAGAGGCACGUGCACAUGGUCUGACUUGA